CUUCCGGACUUUAGACAUCCGAAGAUGCCGGAGCCCGCGAAGUCAGCGCCCGCCCCAAAGAAGGGCUCCAAGAAGGCGGUGACCAAGGCGCAGAAGAAGGAUGGCAAGAAGCGCAAGCGCAGCCGUAAGGAGAGCUACUCGGUGUACGUGUACAAGGUGCUGAAGCAGGUGCACCCCGACACGGGCAUCUCGUCCAAGGCCAUGGGCAUCAUGAACUCGUUCGUCAACGACAUCUUCGAGCGCAUCGCGGGCGAGGCGUCGCGCCUGGCGCACUACAACAAGCGCUCGACCAUCACGUCCCGGGAGAUCCAGACGGCCGUGCUCCUGCUGCUGCCUGGGGAGCUGGCCAAGCACGCCGUGUCCGAGGGCACCAAGGCCGUCACCAAGUACACCAGCUCCAAGUGAGCGCGCCAAGUGGAACUGACAGCUGUUAGCCAAAUCUCGUCUGCCGUUGCUCAGUGCGGGAUGCUGUUUCAUCUUGCAGAUAGGACAGUGGAAAUGGGUGAUAUCAGAUGAAUGGAUGCAUUUUCAAAGCUAGAGGAACAACCGAAAAGAUCUGACUAAAAAAAAAUUCUUUACAACAUGUCCACGGUAGAAGUUUGAGGGAUAAGAGACAUGGCAAAACACGGAAGUAGAAAUUAAAAUCCUGCCACAUCUCCUUUCAGUGUAUGUGAUACACGAACAUAUGAUGUACACGUAAUAAAUAUAUCACAUGUAAAGAAAAGUACUUGUCAUGCUAUAAAUACAAAAUGUUUAGAUGAC